AUGAGGAUCUUUAUUAACCACGUCGACACCUACACAGGGUAUGCCCUGUGCGGUGCACUGCGGCGGUUCAACGGCAUCACCAAUCGAAUGUUUGGAACCGUAAAAGGUAGUCGAGAUAACGAGGACGAGGAGUCUCCGCCGGCUACUCAGGGCGAUGCAGAGUGGGAAAAGGAGCAGAAUAGGCUGCGUGUCCCUUCGUCGAUUCGGCGGUUGAUUUCCAAACGGAAUCCUCAACAGCUGCUCAAAACCCUCCUUUCGUGCUCACUGGUUGUGUACGACCUGCACACGACAGAUCCGGACGAAAUCGAGGACGUCAUCAAGAAGCUCCGCAGAACAACAAUUGAGAAACCGACAGUGUUCGUGUUAGUUUCUUCUGUCAUGGUUUGGGCAAAGACUAAGCAGGAGUUCGUGGAACACGACCCCGAAGAGGAUGCGCCCGAAGCAGACAACGACGAAGAGUCGAGUGCAAGAGGAGCCCAACCCGGCGAAGAGCAAAACCAAGGUAUCGGCGCCCGCCCUGCAGACGAGGCGCAUGACGAGGAGUCCGACACAGAGAGCGACGAUAGCGACUCUGUAGAUACAGCAGACAAGAACGCAACGGGAGACGCAGGAGCUGAAGAGGAGGACGAGCCCCUUCCUGAGAGAUUCAAAGGAACGCAGUCUAUCUCCCGCCAUCGGAAACACAGCAAAUCGACGCCUCCGUGUGAGAGACUCCUCAAGCCGAGGCUGCUGAGAGGAACUGACCUCGAACGCCGCAUUCCCGCACAACGCUAUGGAAAAUGGAAGACCAUAGAGACGCUUGUUAUGGCGCUGGGAUCCAAAGAAAAUUUGACGACGUACGUUGUCGCCGCGGGUGCAAUGUAUGGUCACGGAGAAGGGCCGUUCUAUCCUGCAUUCAAAGCCGCUUGGUUGGGGCUACAGUCCCACAAGUUCAUCAGCCCUGGCAACAACUUCGUGCCGACGGUGCACGUGCGCGAUUUGGCGAGCCUGGUGAGGCGCCUGGCUGCGGGGGCGAGCGAAGAGGCGUAUCACCUCGCAGUCGACGCCUCCCGUGUGACGCAGUUCGCGCUCAUCCAGACGAUCGCCAGCCGCGUCGGGCCGCCACACGCCGUUCAAGAGGCGACGCAGGAGGACGCCGUGCUGGUGGAGAACGCAGACCUCCUGACGGUCGACCUGCGGAUGGAGCCGACCGCGGAAAUGACUGCGCCAGACUUCCCCUGGUGGUGCCAGCAAGGCCUCCCUGCGAACAUCCAGAAAGUCGCGGCCGAGUUCUGCAAAUGGAGGAAGCUGCGUCAAGUCAAAAUCCUCGUUGCAGGGCCGCCAGGCAGCGGGAAGAGCCUUCUCACGAGCCUCCUCGCCGCGAAGCUGAACACGCCGGCAAUUCGUACGCAAGACAUUGUCGAGGAGAGCAAAGUGAAGGACGAUGACCUCGGCAGCAUGCUCAGGGAAAAGUGGGAUCAGUUGGUGGAGGAGCAGAAGAAGAAAAAGAAGGCCAGCGCCUCAGCCUCCGGAGGCAGCGGCGCGAUCAACGCCACUCGGCGCGUGCGAUUCGACACGGAGACGAUGACAAAGAUCUACAAUGCGAAGCUGAGCGAAAACGUGUGCAGAUACAGGGGAUUCGUGCUCGAUGGAUAUCCCCGGACUUACCAAGAGGCAGAGGCGCUCUUUUUGAGGCCGAAGAAGCAGGAGAAAGAGCGAGGCGAGAGCGAGGCGUACGCAGGCGCAGCGAGCCGGGGAGACGCCGAACAGGGAUCCGAGGAGGACGAAGGCGCGCCGCCCCCCCAGAUGGAGUUCGACCCGCUCAAGGCGCCCGACUACGUCAUUGUCCUCCGAUCCUCCGAUGCACAGUGCGAAGAAAGAAUGAUGAACGUUCCACAGCAUCAGGUCAUUCCAGGCCACAGUGAUCGCGAAGGGUUUUUUCGCCGACUCGCUCAGCACAAACAAGCGAAUGAAAAUGAGCACGGCGAGCCUUCCCUGGCGGAUUUUUUUCAGGAGAGGCGCUGCGAAGUGUUGACGCUCGACGUGGACGGGAAGUCGGCGGCGGACAUUUUGGAAUGUGCGCGACUGUUCAUCGAGAAAGAUGGCCGCUUUUUCAAUUUUUUGAAGUCGGAGCGACAAUCGAUUCUCGAGAAGGAGCAGGAGCUGCUGCGGCAGCGCCAGGAGGAGGAGGCGAAGAGCCGCGAGGCGGAGGAGCUCGCGCGCGCAGAAGAGAAGCGGCGCAUGGACGAGCGCCGAAAGAGAGACGCAGAUCGACUGCAGAAGAUCGCCGAGCACGAACGCAACGUGCUAAUGGCAAGGAGCAUUCCACUGCGAAGAUACCUGAUGCAGGCAGUUGUCCCCACGCUCUCUGAAGGCCUGCUUCAAGUGUGCCGAGUCAUGCCCGAGGAUCCAGUCGAUUUUUUAGCAGAGUUUCUCAUGGCAGAAGCUCACAAAGCCACCAACAGCUCCUCGGACUUCUAG